GAUUUUGAUCAUGGCCUUUUCCAAAGCUUUUGAACUGGGAUUAGUUGUGGGGUUGGGCCACGAACUUACACAUCCACCUCAGAAAGACCUGGCCUUCAGAAAUGACAGCAUUCAGUCCCAGGAGGCACCUGCAGUUCAUCCUCCAUCUCUCCAGUUCGUACCAUCCAUGGAAAUACAGAACAGUAAGGAGCAAAACAGAACCUGCUGUCUGAAUGGGGGAACCUGCAUGCUGUGGUCCUUUUGUGCCUGUACCCGCUCUUUCUAUGGACAGAACUGCGAGUAUGAUGUGUGCAAAGAGAGCUGCGAUCCUGUGCCCCAUGACACCUGGCUGCCCAGGAAGUGCUCCAUGUGUAAAUGUUGGCGUGGCCAAUUCCACUGCUUUCCUCAGACAUUUCUACCUGGGUGUGGCGGCCACGUGGUGGAUGAGCACCCAGAGGCUUCCCGAACUCCAGAAAUACCACUGUCUGCACGCAUCAUUUUUAUGUUAGCUAGCAUCUGCUUUUCUAAGCAAAGUUACUUUUUCUGGAAAUAGAAGCAUACAUACUAUGCACAUUUCAUGACCAGCAAGGUCUUCUGCUCCAGUGUCCUAACUGAAAGAUGAUCAUUUGUUAGUUGCCUUGAAAUAAUGAAUACAUUUCCAUAUGGUCCCUAACACUUUCUUAAAGUACCAAGUGCUUCUUAUCUCUACCCUGUGCUCUCCCUAGAAAAUUUUUUGUCCAAAAAAUGUCAGCUAUCUUGUGCCCAAGUCCUAUGUAUCUUGAUAUAUGUAAUUCUACCACAGUCUUCUUACUAAUAUUUUCUUUCAAACAAUUGAAUUCUGUCCUCAGAUUAUUGAAGACUAAACCUAAUGUGGAACCAAGGAUAAAAUUUUGAGUAGAGUUGAUCAAAAUCUAUAAAGACAGUAUCUUUAGAAGAAAAAGACUUUAAGGGGAGGAGCUGGAGUGAUGUGGUGGUAGAAGUCUGCUGUGUUUCAGGGAGAUUGGUAGGAAAGAGGAAGUGAGUGGAAGAAAAGGUUGGAAAAGAUAAAAUGGGUUACUUGAUUGAUGACUAGGUGGGUAUAAAGAAGCAAGUUAAAAGGCUAAAUUGAAGGGCAUAGAAAACUGUAAAAGACAAGGACUUCCUUAUUUUAUCAAGACAUUAUAAACAGAACGACAACUCCUUGGGAAAAACUUACAUCUAAAUUUUCCCAACAAGAUUGCUGAAUAAAUUAUGUUUUCUCCAAACAGUUAUUUUAACUCAUAGAAGAGAGAAAAUGUUCACAAUAUAUUCAGUUGUAAGCCAGGUGAUAAAACUAUACAUUGUAAAGCCCAUCUUUAAAAUACAUUGCAUAUAUGUGUAUACACAGUAAAAAUGGAAAAAAAAAAGAGUACAGUAGGUCUAGUUCCUUAUGUUGACCACCUCCAUAUGUUUACCAGUUUGGGUGGUCAACUUACAGAGGUUCUACUAUAUUUCCUGUAUACAAAAUUGAAAGAAGAAAAAAGUUCUUGACAUAAACAAUGAUGUCAUGAAAGGUUUAAGUUUAAUUUCUUUUUCAAUGAUUAAGUACACUAAAAUAUCAGGAUCAUCUAACUAGUUGAGAUUUGAUAGAGAAAAAUGUGUACUUUAAUCUCACUCCUCAAUUUGACAUCACUGUGAUCCUAAUAUGAAUAUUUUUGCCUGCAGCAAAAUUCAACAUUUUGAAAUGUAAAACAGUUCAAACUACUAACAUAUGACUUAAUAUAAAA